GCAGGUUUCUCUUUUUUCUCUCCCUCUUUCUCCCUUUUCUCUCUUUCCAUUGUUCAAGAUCCAGUUUCACUGCCUUAUAAGCUUGAUAUUUUGAAUCGAAACAGAUACACUUCUUUCUCCUGAAUAUCAUUUUGCCUUCUCCAUCCAACUUUUGGGAUCGACAAGCUGCGACUAAGUAUUACGAAUAUCAGCUUCUUUAAAAAACAAUGGAAACAACGCUCUCCCCAGCACCUGCACUUACCCUUGGCUCCAACUUCGAAUUGCGCCCUAAACAAUCUAACACUGACUACCAAAAACUAGCUGCACAAGGAUAUAUUCAUACACCCCACACGGACGAUCAUCACUCGGACAACUCUAAUAUGGCUGCUGACCGCAAGGAUGAAGGUCCUAGAGUUCUGGAAUGCGGUCCCAGUGAGGGACCAGCAGGCACUACUGUUCGUGUGGUUUUGCAAACCUUUCCCUCCAAUCCGGCUUUGAAGCUUGCUUUUGGUGGUCUGGUGGUAGACACGAAGCAACUGGACAACGCGAAUUUCACUAAUUUGGCUGCUAUCGUACCCAUGCCCAAUCAGACCCAUUCAGUGAACAAUGCUCCUCAGAUACCGAUUUCUGUAUGUGUCUAUGAAAAUGACGCUGUUCACAACAGUUGGGUCAUAGGUGAAUUCACCUACUCUGAAGGUCAAGCCAACAAAAAUGAACGUAAAAGACUCUAUGGCGCGGAUCCCUUUAUGGCCAACAAGCGAAUGCAUGAGGACGACUCCUUCUUUCCCCACGCAGACCAUUAUCAAAACUUUUAUUCCAUGGAGAAUGGAGUGCUUCCUCAAAAUCCCUAUGCCUUUGCUCAAAUGCAGCAACAGGCCAUCCGGCCUCAAGAUCCGUCGGCCAAGGGAGGUAAACCAAUGGUCAUGGAUGGCUAUUAUCGAUCACAGGCACCUCCACAAAUGUCCUAUCCAACCUAUGCUUCCAUGCCAGGAUUGAGCAAUCAACAGCGAUCUCCCUAUGCAAACAAUGGAGGCAUGACUGAUCAUCGUGCCAUGUCUCAAGCACAACCACCAUAUACUGAUUAUUCUGGACUUCUCAACAAAGCCAACCUCAAAAUAAUCGGGGACCUAGACACGAUGGCUCAGGCAUGGACGUCUGAAGAAUGGAACGCUCGCCGAAGAUUGGUCCAGUUUUGGCGCCGCCAGGAAGGCAAUGAGAUUCACUGUGAAUUCCAGGCGGUUCAACAAGCCGACCGACAACCUAACAGCAUUGUGGUUUCAUGCAUCUUUUGGCAGGAACGCAAUGACUGCUUUAUCACUUCGGUAGAUUGCAUCUAUCUUCUUGAAAGCUUGAUAGGUGUUCGCUUCACCGUAGAAGAAAAGAACCGAAUUCGACGUAAUCUAGAAGGAUUCAGACCUCUCACCGUCAGCAAAUGUAAACCAGACAGUGCCGAUUUCUUCAAGUUGAUCAUGAGCUUCCCAAAUCCCAAACCACGUAACAUCGAAAAAGAUGUUAAGGUAUUCCCCUGGAAAACGCUGCCCUACGCUCUAAAGAAGAUUAUUGGAAAGUACACUGCAAGCUACAGUAGCACGGCAGGUAUCAUGUAAACAACCCCCAGAAAAGGGAAUCCAUCCUUGGUCUUUCAUGUAACUUCUUUCACGAUUUGUACAGGUCUCUCUUUCGUUUUCGUUCAUUCAGUGUUUUCCUUUUCUCUCACAUAUUUCCCACCUCUCUUUUUUUCUGUUUUUCCGUUUCACCUCAGGUUUCUUUUCCCCAUUGAACAGUGUAAUAAUUGGAAUACGAGCAGCAAGUUCUCUUUUUUUUUCUUUUGUUUUUUUUUUUUAAUAAUAAAUAAUAAGUUCAACUCACUUCAUA